AUGCUAAACUUUGCGAUCUUCGGCCUCGUUUUGACCGUCGCCUUCGCAAGAAACGGCACCCGCGAGAUCAUAGCCAACGUCGAAACAGUGUACGAGAAGCCUGCGUCUCCGGCUCGUGGCAUCGUCGUCCUGGCCCACGGCUGCCAGCAUUCGGCGACAGAUUUCUGGCCGCACAGCACCGCGUGCGCCGAGUGCAUUGGCCUUCCAGAGGAGGUGCGCAUCGCUCGCGCCAUCGUCGCUGCAGGCUGGGUGGCCGUCGCAUUCUCGUCAGCCGACCGCGAGAUGAGCCGCUGCUGGGAGUUCGAGGUGGACGGGCCGCGUGUGCUGCGCGCCCUCUCCAAGUUCCGCCACCGCCACGGACUCGACGAGCUGCCCGCCGCCGCUCUGGGCGCCUCGUCUGGAGGCGACAGAGUGCUGCGCCGCUGCCGCCGCUCUGCUUCGAGCGCCUUUGUGCUGAUGCUUGCGCGCGAGCUCCCUCUGCGGGCCGUGGUGUCGCAGAUCAUGGCCCUCCCGCCCGCGAUGCUGCAGGGCUACAACGGCACGCCCUUCCCGCCCACUCUCUUCCUCCACAUGCCUCGCGACGGGCGCACCGCCGCCCUCGUCAGCAAGUGCGUUGGCAGGCUCUCCCAGCAGGGCCGGCCCGACCCGCGCCGGAGCAAGUGGCGCGAGACGCUCUGCGCCGACGAGGGCCUCUGCGCUCUGCUGCCCGGCCGGCGGCCAGGCGAGCCAGAUGCGCUCGUGCACGACGUCUCUCCGGUGGCGGAGGUGCUCAACGUGGCGUGGGCGCAGCACGAGAUCGUGGCGGACUACAUGCCGCAGACGAUGGAGUGGAUCGAGAGCGAAGGUACGACUGGACUGGCGGGGGCGAGGCAGCGCGCAGAGCUUUGA